AGGAGCUGCACUUUGCCGACGAGCAUCUCUGCCGUCCUGCUUCACCACAGUGAUCACUGCCUCACUGAUCUGCGAAAAUACACAGGGACUUCUCCGCAAAAUAGCAGACUUCAUCAAUGUAACUCCGGUCAGUCAGAAACUGCGCCGUUUAGCCGGAUAAGUCCAUCUUGACGAGACGAGAGAAAAAAGAGAGAAAGAAAAAAAGUGUCAAGCGAGAGUGGAGUGUUGACGUGAAAUCGUGAAGGAAAAGAGAAGAAUAUGAUUGUCAAGCAACACUUGAUCUUCAUCCUUUACAGCCUCUCUGCAAGCGUCUUUAAAGUGGCUGGGACAAAAAACAAAGCGAAAGGUAGCCAAGGUCAGUUUCCCAUCACUCAGAAUGUGACGGUGGUGGAGGGGGGCACAGCCAACAUGACCUGUCGAGUGGAUCACAAUGAUAACACUUCCCUCCAGUGGUCAAACCCUGCACAACAAACUCUGUUCUUUGGGGACAAAAAAGCUCUGAGGGACCACAGAAUUGAACUGAUACGAGCCUCAUCACAGGAGCUCACCAUCAGAAUCAGUGACGUCAGCCUGUCCGAUGAGGGCCAGUAUACAUGCUCGCUCUUCACCAUGCCCGUUAAGACCACCAAGGCAUUCCUCACUGUUUUAGGAAUGCCGGGACGUCCAGAGAUCACAGGAUUUACAAAACCAGCCAUGGAGGGUGAAGAAAUCACCCUGAUAUGCAUCACAUCAGGCAGCAAACCUGCUGCUAACAUUCGAUGGUUCCGAAAUGACAAGGAGGUCCAAGGCACUAAGGAGGUCAAUGCUACAGGGAAGUCAUUUACAGUAAAGAGUAGUCUCCAGUUCCAGGUGGACAAGCGGGAUGAUGGUGUCGCUUACACCUGCAGCGUUGAGCAUGUGUCUCUAUCCAAACCCUACAUGACAACUGAGGUCUUGGAGGUCCACUAUGCCCCCCAUGUUGAGAUAGCACAUUCACUGAUUAUUCCACAAGAAGGACAAUACUUCAAACUGGAGUGUGUUUCCAUAGGCAACCCACGACCUGAACCAGUGCUGUGGUCUAAAGAUGGAGGAGAACUGCCAGACAUUGAACGCAUGAUUGUGGAGGGCAGAGAACUUACCAUCACCACCCUAAACAAAACGGACAAUGGCACAUACCGCUGUGAGGCCAGCAACCACGUGGGGACCAGCUUUGCUGAAUACAUAUUAUUUGUAUAUGCCAAAGACUUUCCAGGGUCUACAACAGAUCCUAAUGCAUUAGGACAACAUGGACCUGAUCACGCUUUAAUCGGUGGCGUAGUUGCAGUCGUGGUCUUCAUCACCUUGUGUUUGAUAAUAGUUCUUGGACGAUAUCUGGCUAGACAUAAAGGAACAUAUCUAACACAUGAGGCCAAAGGAGCAGAGGACGCCCCCGACGCCGACACAGCAAUCAUCAAUGCAGAAGGAAACCAUGUGCAUGCAGAGGAAAAGAAAGAGUACUUCAUUUAGACUUUUUACCGCUUCUCCUUUGUUCCAUCUUUCAACAGCAGACAUGCAAUUUUAAGCUGCCUCAGUGCCACCACAUGAUCUGUUUUAUUUUACUUGGUUUUCCUAUUGUCUUUUUUUCAGAAAGCUCAUGCUUGGAUUUGCUUGUUUUCUAAGCAUUCGCUGACAAAAUAGCUUUCUCAUUUUCUAAUUAAUACAAACCAUGUACAACUGAAUUAGAUUUUUUCAGUUUUCUGGUGCCUAAAUGCUGUACAUUUUUCUGCAUUUAUUUAUCUCUACUCUCUCUUACUUAAGGUGAUGCACAACUUUUUUGCAGAUUUUUAAAAAUUCACAACAACAAACGUGCUCCAUCUCAACACAUAUUAGCUUUUCAAAGUGGUUUACUUUAAAAGCAAAAGUCAUGCGCUACAUCAAUUUAUCAAACAUUAACAUCAAAUGAAUUUUUAUGGCUUAAACUAUUGUUUUUGGAUGUUGCCUGGAAUUUAUCCCCUCCACAGCCAUUAUGCACAUGUUUCUAAUGUCAUAAAACAGAUUUUGAUAGAGCGAAAUGUAGAAGCACAGUCUUUGCGAUUGUCAGAUCAGCUCAAUUCUAUCUUGGCACCGUUUGUAUAAUACUGCACUGAUUUAUUUCUGUUUUUCCCCUUUUUUGCUCACACUGUUGUUUUUAUACCAACAGAGAAGUUAGAAAAUUAAAGCACAAAGUCUGAGGACUAACAAAGAGGGAAAACACGUCAACUGUUUCUUGUCUCAGGAUUCAAUAUGAGUCUAGAUGAAGAUACCGAGUCCAACACACGAUGAACAUUUCAGUUAUCGUCAUGAAUGAGGAACUUUAAUUUUUGUUAGCUAUUUGAUGUAAAAUCCAAACUGAAUGAAUGGAACCUUGCUUUGGUUCAUUAUUUAUGUUGAAUUUUAUUCAAACAACUAUGCUUAAUGUGUGGAUAUUGCUGUAAAAUACUUUGCUAACGUGAAUAUUGGUGAACAAUAUUGUUGAAUCUUGGAAUCCCUGACACAUUACAAUUUGUAUAUUAGCAUAUACAGUAUUUAAAGGAUUCUACCAGUCUUUUUUAAUCAUUUACCUUAAAAAAAUCUGUUUUGCCACAAGACAUGUAAGUAUUUGAUUUUAAGGAAAGGAAAGAAAAAAAUACUUGUAGUAACUUUUGAUUUAAUGUCAUAUCAGUUUCUGUCAUUUUGAUGAGUGUUUUCACACUUUUUGAGGAUUUCUUCAAACAGGGAUUCUAAUGAAUUGCAUAAAAUAAAAAAAUAAAUAUAUGUAUUUAUUAUUAUGACUAAUUGACAUUUAUUAUAUACUAUAUUGAUCAAUAUUGCUGUUAAUACUAAGGUAGUUGUCUGACAUUGACUUUUCCAUUUUUUGAUUCAGUAACUUAUCAUGAAAAAAAGAAAAAAAAACAUACAAGGAUCACCGUUAUGGCCUUUGAGUUUGCUGCGAACCGUACCGACAUGUUGAGGCAUUGGUGAAUCAGACAUCCCCUCAUUGUACAUAAUCACUGUAUCAAAGACACUGAAGUACAUUGCCAAUGCUCAUACAUGUUAUUUUGUUAGUUCUGUAUGAUGCUAUAAAAAAACUCAUUUUGUACAAAAACUUGAUUGCUGUAAUUAAUUUGCUUUUUAUGAAGGAUGUGUGAGGUUUGCUUUUUUUCCUCAGUAUUGGAUAUUCAUUUUUCAACUAUGCCACUGUAAAAAUGAAAAAAAGAGAGAAAGAGCGGAUUAAAAUAUGAAUAAAUUCAAAAC